AUAACCGGCUGCUGCAGUUGAAUGGUGUGCAUACUUCAUUUUAUGUGACGAAAUUACGGCAAGUAGUAAUCUUUAGGCUUUUCCAAGAAGAACGGCGAGUUUUCGUGGGACAGAGGAGAAAUAUACGGAAAAUGGAAAAAUAUCAUUGUCCAUGCUGGAACGUCUGCCUGAGAGUGAAAAAACAUUCAUCAAAGGAGCUACCAGAUGACCUUCCUGCUAAUGAUUCGUUUUUCUCUUUGCAAUUGGUAGAUGUGCACUUGCCCGCAGCUGACGUCUCUUGGAAGUAUGAAAGUCUCGUUGAAAUAUCAGCUGUUCAAGAUUGGAUUAUAAGAAGGUGUGCUAACUGCAAUACCUAUUUAUAUGCCGAAGAAAUAGCUUCAGAUAUGUCAACUUUUCUAAUGAACGCAAAUCUAAAGAAAAACGAGAAUGAAGAAGAAAUCGAAAAGUCGAUCAACUAUUCGCCUGUCUAUAAAAUCGUUAUUGAUAGCAGGAACAUAAAACUCCCGCCUUCAAAUGUGUUUCAAUUCGAUGCUGAAUCUUCCAUAACAAACAAAUAUAUUGAAGAAAAUAUGGAGCUUUAUCAAGAAUACUUGAAAAAGGAAAAAAUUAAAAUGGAGGAACGUAUAAGACAAUAUCAGGAGGAAGAAAAAAAUCGUUUUGAAGUUCUUGUGGCUAAAGCUCACAAAGAUAAAUGUGCUCUGAAUAGACUCGUGCUAAGUUUGUCAAAGAAUGAAAAUGCAGCUUCAGAUACAGAAUCUAUAGCUAAAGCUGCAGAGAAGAAAUCAAGUCCAGCUGUGAUAAAGAAAAGGUCUAAAGGUCCUGAUGAUGAUUUUUUUGAUAUUGAAAUGGAAGAGGAAGAGGGAAAUCAAUCCCUGGAUGACUUGGAUGACGAAACGGAUUAUAAGACAGAGGUGUUCAAUGCAGAAAGAUCAGGAGGCGAUUUUGACAAGAGAGAUAGAUGGAAUAUUAAACAGGAAGCAGUUGGUGAAUCUUAUUCAACAGCAGCAAUUAAUAUUUCAUCACUUUCGGACAAUAAGAGACUGGAAAGAACGAGAUCGUGUCUUGAUGAUGAUGACGAUGCUAUUCCGGUCGAUAUUGCUCGUAGUAUGAAGGAGUUAUCUUUGUCUCUUCACAAGAAUUACGACUCUUAUGUUUUUGGCGAAAGACCAAAGAGUAAGAGAGCUAAUGCUUCUGAAAUUGCAAGUUCUAUGGUGGCUAAUAGAAAAGACAGUGAAGACUUUUAAAAUCAUUACGUUUUUAGAUACCCUUUUGAACAAGUAAUUUUUUUUUUUGUUAUUCUUCAAUUUACGUAUAAACAAAAAUGCUUUUAGUUAUUUACAGCGAAAACAGUUGAUGGGUGCUUUUUCAAAAAAAAAUGUUGGUGUACGUUUUUGUGUUUCGUUUCACUUGAAAUUGUUUUAGAAAUAAGAUUAAUUAAUGCCAACUUAUAGAGCGUCACCGUUAAUAUUUAAAUGAAAUUUUUCGCACUAUCUAUGCAGUAUUUAAAGAAAUUCUGAGGUUUCUAAUAAAUUAAUUUUGAAAGGUUA